CACACACACACACAGACACACACACUCUGACAGGUCGAGUGAAACUUUAAUGCGCUGAGUUUCAAAGCUUCUCUGCACGUCAGCCGAGCAGCUCCAAAGGUAGCAAUACAGAGGCUUAAGAGAACAUUUGACCAGAUUUACACUCCUGCUGAGGAGCUCAAGAUGAGUAGACCAACUAUAGCUGCUGUCUUUGUAGCAUUUUUGCUGACUUCCAGUGGGGCAAAGCCAGAUAGCAAGAACAAAAAGCCAAAACAAGUUGUCCCAGCAAUAGAAUGUGAUAUGCGGGCUGGGAAGAUCAAUCUCCCAGAAUUUAUUGUCAAGUGUCCAGCUAACUGCAGCGAGACCAAGGAGAAGGUGUAUGGGACGGGUGUAUUUGCCUCCAUAUCCAGUAUCUGCAAUGCUGCCAUUCACAGCGGAGCCAUCACUAACUCUGGAGGAAAGGUAAUUGUGAUGAAGAUGGCAGGACAGGCGAUCUACAAGGGUAGCUUUGCCAAUGGUGUCCGCUCUCUGUCCUUACCCAACCGGAGAGAAUCAUUUUCUGUCUCAGUGGGUAAACCAAAGAAGGGGGUGAUCUACCCAUCCACUCUGGUCUUUGUACCCUUAAAACCCACUGCUGUGACAAAAGGUGAUCACAAAGACCGUUUUUACACUACAGUGUCACCAAUGACAGAGCCGAGCACCACUGCAGCCCCGCCCACAACCAGUCAUGUGACCACACCUAUCACCACAGCCCCACCCAUUACUACAUCAGCCACGCCAAGGACCACUGUUCACGAGGCAGGCAGCAGUCACCCGUAUUUCAGCUCUGUUGCACGACAGUCACAGAGCGCCCAAGGAAAGGGUCCAACACCAGCAUUUAGAGGCAGCUCCGUCUAUGCCAAUAGGUUUUCACCUCGCACAUACACAGCAGGUGUGCACAGGCCAGAGACCAUGAUCCGAAGACAGCCACAUGUUUCCUCAGCUUCAGCAGUUUUCAGUCGGAUACAGCCGCAGUCUGAGAGGAAGCAGCACACGGUGCAGUCUAAUCCCACAUUUGCAAGAAGAGAUUGGGCACACCCUGCAUACGCACGACCUGAUGGGUCCUCCGGGACCAGAAGACCAACAGAUAGUAGCCACUCUGUGUCAAACACCGGCAAUAAAUGGAGCAGAAUGAGUACUGGUGAUCCCGCAGUUCUUGAUCCAAGGCCUGAUAACACAGGGAAUGAGCACUGGCUGCAUAACUUUGAACAGUAUCAUUGUAAAGUUGAUAUUGCAUUCCUCAUGGAUGGCAGCUGGAGCAUUGGGAAACGUCGUUUUAAGAUUCAGAAAGACUUUCUUGUGGAGGUUUCUCAGGUCAUCAAUGUGGGUGUAGCUGGAGCCAUGAUGGGCAUCAUUCAAUACGGGGAUGAUCCAGUCACAGAAUUCAGUCUUAAACAGUUCUCCAGCUCCAAGGACCUGAAGCCGGCCAUCAGCAAAAUAGUCCAGAAGGGCGGUCUGUCUAAUGUAGGAAAGGCCCUCUCCUACAUCAACAAGCAUUUCUUCAGUGAUGCUAAUGGGAACAGAGGUGGGGCGCCUAAUGUGGCUGUGGUCCUGGUGGACGGCUGGCCCACUGACAAAGUGGAGGAGGCCUCGCGUCUGGCCAGAGAGUCAGGUAUCAACAUCUUCUUUGUCACCAUCGAGGGCCCAGAUGAGAAUGAAAAACAGAACGUGGUGGAGACCAACUUUGUUGAAAAGGCAGUGUGCAGAACCAAUGGCUUCUUCUCACUUCCUAUCACAAGCUGGUUCGCCUUGCGCAAAGAAGUGCAGUCUCUGGUGAAGCGUGUGUGCGACACAGACCGCCUGGUGUGCAGUAAGACCUGCCUUAACGCCAACGACAUCGCCUUCGUCAUCGACGGCUCCAGCAGCGUGGGAACCGGGAACUUCCGCACCGUGCUCCAGUUCGUCGCAAACGUGACGCAGGAAUUUGAGAUCUCAGACACGGAUACACGUGUAGGAAUUGUACAGUACACGUACGAACAGAGGCUUGAGUUCGCUUUCGGUCAACACAACAACAAAGCUGAUCUGCUGAAUGCUAUCAAGCGUAUAAACUACUGGAGCGGAGGUACCAGCACAGGAGCCGCCAUCACAUAUGCUGCAGAUCAACUGUUCAGCAAAUCCAAACCCAACAAGCGCAAGAUCAUGAUUGUCAUCACAGACGGACGCUCCUACGAUGACGUGCGGGCCCCGGCACUGGCGGUACAUCGUAAAGGUGUGAUCGCGUACUCCAUUGGUAUAGCCUGGGCCGCACAGGACGAGCUGAAAUACAUCGCCACCGACCCCGACAGAGAGCACUCUUUCUUUGUGGAUGAGUUUGACAACCUCUACAAGUAUGUAACAAAGAUUAUUCACAACAUCUGCAAUGAGUUCAACUCCCAACCUCGUAACUGAACCAGGCUUACAGAUGAAAACUGUGGAAUAUCACCAAAAAUCCAAGGAGUAAGUGCAUUACCACACAGUUAGAAUACAGUGUUACAAAUGUAGCAUUCUGUAGAUAGAAGCCUUACUUUCUGGAUCAAAACCUCAGACGCCAGCAUGUUUCCAGAUUAUUAUUAUCAUUAUUAUUAUUAUUAUUAUUAUUAUUUUUGCAAUUUAAACAAAAUACAGUGUGGAAAUGGUAAAGAUGGCAGUGGAUGUGGGUUCUGUGAUUUUGGAUUAACACAUGAUGGACUAUAAUACACAAUA